AUGUUCCUAUCCAUGUUACUGGUCCUGCUUCGCAUCUACGGUGACGGCACAGACCUCUUUUUCUCGCGUGUUCUGGGUGAAAUCUGCUUUGUGCUACUUUCGGAAUCGGGAUUUGGUCCCAAAUUGUACGGUGUCUGGGGUGAGGGACGCCUCGAGGAAUGGCUGGAACUCCGCACAUUGGCGCCGGAGGAGAUGAAGUAUCCGGCCGUGAGCACGAGUAUCUCCCACCAGGUGGCUCAACUACACACCAUGCACAUGCCGUUCGAUAAGACGCCCGUGAUUCUGUUCAAUUGCCGGCAGUGGCUGGCAAAGUCCGAGUUCAUUGCACAGAAAUAUGUACCCGGAGUGGUGUUGUCGGACGAAAACAUCCUGAGCGCCGGGGACACAAUGGCGUUGGUGAAGCAUAACUUCAACGAACAGGAACAGGAUUGGUUAAAGGAGUUCUUUGGCUAUGGCUUGCGAGAGGAGUACAACUGGCUACUGAACGAAAUCCUCAGCAACGUACGCACGCCUAUUGUGUUUGCGCACAACGAUCUCCAGGCUGGCAACAUCAUGUGUAACGAGCAAGACGAGGUGAAGCUGAUUGACUUCGAAUACGGGAACUACAACUUCCUAUGUUACGAUCUCGCCAACCAUUUCGCUGAGUGGCUAUUCGAUUACCAGGGCGUAGAGGAAUGGCCGUACUACUCUGUAAGCAUGGAUCAGUGGCCUGAUUUGGAUACACAGCGCACAUUUGUGACUGAAUACCUGGCAGAAAGGCACCGCAUCCUCAAGAAACCCCAACUCGCGUCUCUCCAAAAGAUCAAGAGGUAUCUGAAGGACAUCAAUCGCUUGGUGUUGGCGUCACACUUCCAAUGGUCAACCUGGAGUGUCAUCCAGGCUAGCAUGUCCAAGAUUGAUUUCCCAUACCUCGAAUUCGGGCUCCGUAGAUUUGAGGUGUAUUUAAAGAUGAAGAAAGCGCUACCCGAAACAUUGAAAGCCAUCGAUGCUCUCCAAUAGGUGCAAUUAAUCGAUUGGAAGAUAUCAUGCCAAUACCAGCGGCUUCUCAAACAAAACUGUAAGCUUCGAUAUAUGCCAAUCCCUUUCCCCGUGGGGGAGGCACUUUAACCGCCAU